AUGACUGGCUGCCACUCUCCGGCCAUUUACUCUGACAGAGACCAAGAGGACAGCCAUGUUUUCAGCCAGACCAGAGACCAAGCCGUGAAAGACAAGAGGCGGUCGCCCCCCUCUAACAGAUCCCCCUCCGCCCAACAACGCAACCCGCACCACAGCGGCUCUGCAGACGAGCAGGAGAGCCCCGAGAGAGUGGUGCAGAAGGAGAAGCUCCAUGCAGAGCUGAAACAAGUGUUGAGUCGGAAGAGAAGUCAUCUGAGAGAGUCCACCUGCCAACUGGCCCAGCCGGAGAUGGACUCAGAGCCCACAGACCAACAGACAUGUGUAGUGGAAGCCACUCAAUCCGUGGAAAUUGUGGUGGAGACGGAGGCGGAGGCCGGUGCCAGCGGCUACAGUGUGACAGGUGGAGGACAGCGAGGCAUCUUUGUGAAAGACGUCCUCAGAGACUCGCCAGCCGCCAAGCACCUGAGCCUACAGCAAGGGGACCAGCUGCUCAGUGCCAAGGUCUACUUUGACAACGUGAAGUAUGAAGAUGCUCUGAAAAUCCUUCAAUGUGCGGAGCCCUAUAAGGUCAGCUUCCAGCUGAGGAGGACCGUCCCUGAAGCAGAGGUCGACGUGCGGCCUCGAGUUCCUAUUGUGGAGAUCAAAGGUCCCAAAGCCAAGAUGGCCAAAAUGAGUCUGAAGGGCAGCAAGCCGUUCAAGGCCAAGAAGAUGAGAGGUGGUCGUUUUGGUCUGAAGAGACUGAAAGAAAAGCACAGAGAGGAGCUGGUGGUAGAGGGAACGCCCCCCAGGCUGGAGAUGAGUGACGUGGAGUUUUUUCUGCCCAAAUUCAAACAGAGGAAGAACGCAAAGAUUGAAGCGGAAGAAGCAGUAGCAGCAGGAACAGCAGCCGACAUGGGGAAGGCAAAGAGGAGGAUCAGGUUUCCCCAUAUGAAAACAAAGGGAUCCAAAGGAGAAGACAUAGGGGGAAGAGUGGACACAGGGCGACUCGAGGGGGGAGUGAAUAUCUCUCCACCUGAGACAACUGGAGCUAAAUUGAAAACCAAAGGAAAAGGACACAGGUUUGGAAUCACGUUUCCAAAGAACAAACACACAAAGCAAGGCUCGGGGUUGGAGAGUGUGGAGCUGAACCCUCCAGGUUUGAACACCCAGCUACCAUCAGUGGAGUUCAGUCUGUCUGGUGAUAAAAACACGGACAUAGAGAAGAGGGGCGUUCAGAUUAAUGCACUUGAUGUGGAGUUUGCACUCCCUUCAGGAAUAUCUGAUCCCUCUGUGAAGGGAAAGGCAGAAAUCAAAGCUCCUAAAAUCAACAUCAGUGGGAGAGAUGAUACAGCUAUUGGAAUAAUGGAUGUAGACGCAGGCAAAGGAGAUGCAAAGUUAAGAAUGUCAAAGUUGAAACUGCCCAAAGUUAGACUGUCACGUCAUUCGGAUGAGAUAGAUGGUGACAUCAAGGUAAAAACCAAAGGAAUGAAACCUCACGCUGACAUAACGCCUCCAAAAGUAGCAGUUUGUGGGGAGAUUGAUCUCCCUGAGGCAAAUAUCCCCACUCUUAAUCCCUCAGUAAAAGCUGCAUCUAUUCAAAUACCUUGCGUUGAUAUUUCUUUACCAAAAGUGACGAGAAAAUCUGACGUGGAUGUCUCACUUCCAAAGUUUGAAGGACCUGUGAAAACAGCAAUCAAAACACCUGUUGUGGACAUCUCUGUGCCAGAUGUUAGUUUAGAAAUGGACACCAGACGCCGAAUCCCUGAUGAGGUGGAGGGCACUUUUAAAGGGCCCAAAAUCUCCCUGCCAAAGGUGGAUAUCUCAAUGCCCCACAUCGGAUCAUCCAAAGUCGAUAUUGAAGGUCCAGAAGGGGGAGGGAAAUUCAACCUGCCUUUCGUAGACAUCUCUCUCCCAAAGAUGAAACCAGAAGGUGGAGAUGUAGAUAUGGAUUAUUAUGUUGGUGGAGAUGGGAAGUUCAAAUUGCCCGAGUUUGACAUAUCUAUUCCGAAGGUUCAAUCACCAGAACUUGAAGUUAAUAUGAAAAAAGAAGGCUUCAAGUUACCCAAAGUAGACCUCACGCUUCCCAAAGGCAAAGCUGAAACACCUGAAUUUGAAGGAGAAAAGUUUCAGUCGCCAUUAUUUGACAUUUCCCUCCAUAAAAAGAAGGCAGGAGAGAUGGAGGCUGACAUCAAAGGCCCUGAAGUAAAAGGUGGUAAAUUGGAAAUUCCCACGCUUCAGAUGCCUUCUCUUGAUGUAUCACUGCCCAAAGGAAACUUGGAGGGUGACAUUGAAAUGGAUGGUUCAUCUGUGGGGAAAGGGAAAUUCAAAAUGCCCUCACUCAACAUCAAACUCCCUCAGAUGGGGACAUCUGGGGCUACAGUUGACUUACAAAGACAAGAGCUUCAAGGAGGGAAGAUUGAGGUGCCAUCAGUAGACAUUUCUCUACCAAGAUUUAAAUCUAAAGGUGAGGCUGACAUUGAGGGACAGGGUGGCACAUUUAAAAUGCCUUCAUAUGAUAUAUCUCUUCCAAAAAUGAAGUUGCCCGAGGGAGAGGUUGUUUUGGAGGCACCUGAAAUCAAAGGGGGAACGAUCAAGAUGCCCAAUGUUGAUAUCUCUGUUCCCCGAGGAAACGCCAAGGCCGAUUUGAACAUUGAUGGCAGUAAAUUAAAAGGAAAUACAUUUAAAAUGCCUUCUUUAGACAUUUCUCUCCCAAAAAUGAAACUACCUAAAGGAGAUGUGAAGCUAGAACACCCGGAACUUCCAAAUGUUGACGUUCCACGCCCCAAGGCAAACAUAGAGGGCAACUUAGAGCUGGAGAGCAGUGUUGGUAGCGGUGCCAGGUUCAAGAUGCCAACUUCUGACAUCUCACUCCCAAAGUUUAAAACCAAUCAGGGAGAGAUGGACAUCGAAAGAACUGACGUCAAAAGUGGAGGAAAGUUCAACAUACCAUCAGUUGACUUGUCUCUUCCUGCUAUUAAAUCACCACAGGGUGAGAUCAAGAUUAAAGGUCUUGGAGCUAAAGAGGGACAGUUACAGAUGCCUUCUUGCGAUGUGUCGCAACCAAAAAUCAAAUCAAUGGGCGAUAACAUCAAUGUUAAAGCUGAACUGCCAACCAUUGAGAUCUCUCUUCCUAAAGGAAAAGCUGAGGGUAAGAUUGACAUUGAGGGACCCACAGGAAAAGGAGGGAAGUUUAAGAUGCCUACAUUUGAUGUAUCGCUUCCAAAGAUGAAGAUGCCUGAAGGAAAUAUUGGCCUUGAGGGACCCUCAAUAGAUAUUUCUCUUCCAAAGGGGAAAGUAGAGGUUGACUUAGAAACCACGGGUAGAGGGGGUCCUUUUCAUAUGCCCUCAAUUGAUCUCUCUCUCCCUAAAAUGAAAUCAAUGCGAGAUGACAUCAACAUUGAGGGACCUGAAAUCAAAGGUGCGGAAAUUAAGAUGCCGACUAUUGACGUGUCAGCUCCUCAAGUGACAUUAGAGGGUGAAGGAAAAGGAGGCAUAUUUAACCUGCCGUCUGUAGACACUGCGCUCCCUGACAUAAAAUUCCCCGAAAUGCCAAAAAUAGACCUCUCACUUCCCAAAGGAAAAGCACAGGGAAACAUUGAUAUUGACAUUCACUCAGGAAAAGAUGGGAAUAUUGAAAUACCCUCAUUUGAUAUUGGACUUCCUAAAGGAAAAGGAAAAGUUCCUGAAUUUAAAGGAGGAAAAAUCCACAUGCCAGACAUUGAUCUGUCACUCCCUAAAGGAAAAGCUGACCUUAGUGUUGAGGGUCCUGAGGUAAAGGGUGGCCAAUUGGGUAAGGGGGGCAAGUUUCACAUGCCCUCAGUUGACAUAUCUCUUCCUAAAAUCAAAGUCACAGGAUUUAAUGUUAAUGUUCAACAACCUGAAGUCAAAGGAGACAUUUCACUCCCUAAAAACAAGUCUCCAGAAAGAGAAAUCAGCCUUCAUGGUCCUGAUGUUAAAGGAGGGAAGUUAUAUGUUUCACCUGUUGAGAUUUCCCUCCCCAAAGGAGAAGUUGAGGGUGACCAUAAUGUUAAGUGUCCUGACUUGAAGGGGGGUGCAUUUAAAAUACCUAAAUUAGAUGUGGCUUUGCCAGGAGGUCAUGUGAAAAUCAAAGGGGCUGACCUCAAAGGAGGGCAAUUCAACACGCCAGAAAUUGACCUGUCACUUCUUAAAGAAAAGGCUAACACUGACCUCAGUAUUGAAGGUCCAGAAAUAAAAGGAGGAAAAUUCAACAUGCCCAAAUUUGACAUUUCACUUCCAAAGAUGAACCUGCCAGAGGGCAAUGUUGAAAUGCCAACUGUUGAUAUUUCACUCCCAAAAGGAAAAGUAAAGGGAGACGUUGACUUUGAGGGACAUGUGGGUAAAGGAGACAAGUUUCAAAUGCCCUUGGUUGAUAUCUCUCUUCCUAAAAUAAAAGCCAAUGGAGUUGACGUUGAUGUUGAAGGACCUGAACUUAAAGGUGAAGCAUCAUUCCCUGAAGGAAACGUUGUGGGUUACCUCGAUAUUGAGGGGCUUGAGUUAAAGGGGGGGGAAUAUAAAAUGCCAAAAGUUGGAGUCUCAUUGCCUGAAAUGAGUCUCAAGGAUGUCAAACUUAAAAGCCCAGACAUUAAGAAAGGGAAGAUUGAGAUGCCAGACAUUGAUAUUUCACUCCCCAAGGGAAAACAAUUAGGAAAAAUAGACAUUGAAGGACAAACUGGAAAAGGAAGCAAGUUCCAUAUGCCCUCUGUUGAUAUAUUGUUUCCUAAAAUGAAAGCUAAGAGUCUUGACAUAAAUAUUGAAGGCGCUGGUGUUAAAGGUGGAAAACUCAACAAGCCAACACUUGUUUCUCUUCCCAAAAUGAAAUCUCCCAAUGUAGGCAUCAGCCUUGAAGGUCCUGAUUUCAAAGGCGGAAAGGUCAAUAUCCCAACUGUUGACAUUUCACUUCCCAAAGCAAAAGUUGAGAAAGAAAUAAAUGUGGAUGACCCUGAGGUGAAAGGAGGGAAAUUCAAAAUGCCAAAAUUUGAUAUCUCUUUAUCGAAAAUGAGUCUCCCAAACGUUGAUGCUAAUUUCGAAGGACCCGAUAUGAAAGGAAAAAUUGAAAAGCCAACUAUUGAAAUGUCACUUCCAAAAGGUCCUGAUGUUAAAGGCGGAGCGUUUAACUUGCCAACCUUCGAUAUUUCACUCACCAAAGGAAAGGUUGAAGGUGACCUGGAUGUUGAGUGUCCCGCGUUGAAAGGGGGUCAAUUUAAAAUGCCCCAAAUUGAUGUGUCUUUACCAAAUGUGAGUCUUCCAGAAGAUGAUGUCACAGCAAAAUGCCUAGAUAUCAAAGGAGGAAAGAUCUACAAACCAGACAUUGACCUGUCACCCCCAGAAGGAAAGGCUAACCUCAAUAUUGAGGGUCCUCAAGUAAAAGGAGGAAAAUUCAACAUGCCUAAAUUCAACGUUUCACUUCCAAAGAUGAAUCUGCCUGAGGGCAAUGUGGAAAUAACAACAGUUGAUAUUUCAGUCCCAAAAGGAAAAGUAAAGGAAAAUAUUGACAUUGAAGGCCAUGCUGGAAAGGGAGGAAAGUUCCAUAUGCCCUCUGUUGAUAUCUCUUUUCCAAAAAUAAAAGCAAAAAGACUUGAUGUCAACAUUGAAGAAUAUGAACCGAAGGGAGGAAAAAUCAACAUGCCAGACAUUGAUCUGUCACUCUCCAAAGAGGUAAAAGGAGGUGAAUACAAAAUGCCAAAGUUUGACAAUUCACCAAAGAUAAACCUGCCAGAAGGCAAUGUCAAAGUGGAGGGGCCACAGAUGAAGGGAGGAGAGAUUGCAUUGCCAAAUCUUGACAUUUCAAUUCCAGUGGGAACAGUGGAGGAUCAUGUCAACAUUGAAGGACCUGCUGGAAAGGGAAAGUUUGAAAUGCCAAAAGUGGACCUGUCUGGUAAAAAAGGUGGUGGGCUCCAAAUGCCAAGUCUUGACAUUAAUCUCCCCAAAUUCAAUAUUGACCUUAGCCUUCCUUCUGGGCUGAAAGACAAAAGUCUUAAAGUGGACACAAGUGGUCCGGAAGCAUCAGAAGGUGCAGGCAUUGAAACAGGUGAUGCCAAUGGGGCAAAUGCCUCCCUCAAACUUCCUACUGUCAACCUCAAACUACCGACAGUGGACAUCUCAGCUCCAAAAGUGGAUCUAGAAUUUGGUCUGAAAAAAUCUAAGGCUGACGAUGUGGAAGUGGAACUUCUUAAAGCAGAGGGAGGCAGGCCUUCUUCUGGGGUCAGUUUUGAUAUACCUGAUGUCUCCCUUAAAGUCCCCAGUUUCUCUCUUCCCAGGUUCGGUGGAAAGUCCAAAAGUGGAGAUUUGAAAAUAUCUGGCCCUAAGGGAGAUGUUUCCCUCAACCAGCCACAUGUGGAAGGAGAUAUGAGGGCACCAUCAGUAGAGUUUGAUGGGAACGGAAAAGUAAAAGUGAAAAAGACAAAAAUCAAAAUGCCUUCAUUUGGUGUAUAUAAAAAGCAUGCAGAUAUAUCUGCGUCUUGUUCUGAUGUGGAUGCUGAAGUGAAAAAGGGUGAAUUUGGCAUUUCUAAACCUGAAAUCAGUGUUGAGUGCGCAGACAAAAAAUCUAAAUACAAAGUGAAAUUCCCCAAGUUUAAAAUAUCACCAGCAAAAGAUCAACACAUGGAGGGACAGGUUGAUUCUAAACUGGAGUCAGAAGUUGAAGGGAAGGGUGGCUUUCAUGCCCCAGAUGUCUCCAUGAAACUACCGAAGUUCUCCAUGCCAGGGUUGGGCUCUAAAGAAAGACAUUUUGGAAAGCCAAGUGGUUACCUUGAGUCUAAGACCGAGUUUAAGAUACCCUCUAUUGAGCUGGCCCUGCCAGCAGGCAGAAAACAAGAGACGGAGGUUCUUCUCCCUAAAGCAGAGGUUGAUGUCUCAGAGGCUGAUAUCACUAGUUAUGAGGGAAACUUAAAAAUUCCCAAAAUGCCAUCUAUUGACAUUUCCAUUCCCAAAAUCGAUCUGGAUGUGUCCUUGCCAAGGGUAAAGCAUGAGACAAAGGCUGAUGGAGUAGGAGGCACUUUCAAGAUGCCAGAUAUCAAGAUGCCAGAUAUUGACUUGUCCCUUCCUAAAGGAAAAACAGUAAACGUUGAAGGUCACAUAUCACUGCCCAAAGGAGAUUUCAAAGGUCCAGGUGUGGGAGAUACAGAGAAACUAUUGGAAAUGCCUCACAUGAAAAUGCCAGGUGUUGACAUCUCUCUGCCAAGAGGAAACACUGAGGGCAGAGAGAUAGAAGUCAAAGGAGAAGGUGGAAAAUUCAAGAUGCCAAAUCUUAACAUGCCCUCUGUUAACAUUUCACUUCCCAAAGGAAAGAUUGGAGGACAGGAUGUUGAAAUUGAAGGAGGUACUAGCGGUAAAUUCAAAAUGCCUCAUACGAAAAUUCCCAACGUUGAAAUUUCUCUGCCCAAAGGAAAGAUUGAAGGUCCAGAGAUGGAUAUUGAAGGAGGUGGAAAUUUCAGAAUGCCACAUCUAAACAUGCCCUCUGUUGAUAUUUCCCCUCCCAAAGGAAAGAUCGAAGUUCCAGAUGUGGAAGUGGAGGGAGGUACCGGAGGAAAAUUCAAAAUGCCUCACAUGAAAAUGCCCAAUAUUGACAUAUCGCUCCCCGAAGGAAAGAUCGACAGUCCGAAGGUUGAAAUGGAGGGAGGUACCGGAGCUAAAUUAAAAAUGCCUCACAUGAAAAUCCCCAACGUCGAUAUUUCUCUGCCCAAAGGGAAGAUUGAAACCCCAAAUGUUGAAAUGGAGGGAGGUGCCGGAGCUAAAUUGAAAAUGCCUCACAUGAAAAUGCCCAACAUCGAUAUUUCACUUCCUAAAGGAAAGAUUGAAGGUCCCAGUGUAGAAAUAGAGGGAGGUACCGGAGGGAAAUUUAAAAUGCCUCAUAUGAAAAUGCCCAACAUCGAUAUUUCUCUGCCCAAAGGGAAGAUUGAAGGUCCAGAUGUAGAAAUGGAGGGAGGUACCGAAGGGAAAUUUAAAAUGCCUCACAUGAAAAUGCCCAACAUCAAUAUUUCUCUGCCCAAAGGAAAGAUGGAAGGUCCAGAUGUAGAAAUGGGCAGGGGUACUGGAGGGAAAUUUAAAAUGCCUCAUAUGAAAUUGCCAUCUGUUGAUAUCUCUCUCCCCAAAGGAAAGAUUGAAGGCCCAGAUGUUGAAAUGGAGGGAGGUACCACAAGAAAAUUCAAAAUGCCAGAUGUUGACAUGGAGCUACCAAAAGGAAAUAUUGAGGGUCCAGGAAUAGAGAUCAAAGGAGGAGGUGGAAAAUUCAAGAUGCCACAUGUCAACAUGCCUUCUGUUGAUAUUUCACUUCCUAAAGGGAAGAUUGAAGGUCCCAGUGUAGAAAUGGAGGGAGGUACCGGAGGGAAAUUUAAAAUGCCUCAUAUGAAAAUGCCCAACAUCGAUAUUUCUCUGCCCAAAGGGAAGAUUGAAGGUCCAGAUGUAGAAAUGGAGGGAGGUACCGGAGGGAAACUUAAAAUGCCUGAUAUGAAAAUGCCCAACAUCGAUAUUUCUCUGCCCAAAGGGAAGAUUGAAGGUCCAGAUGUAGAAAUGGAGGGAGGUACCAAAGGGAAAUUGAAAAUGCCUCACAUGAAAAUGCCCAACAUCAAUAUUUCUCUGCCCAAAGGAAAGAGUGAAGGUCCAGAUGUAGAAAUGGAGGGAGGUACCGGAGGGAAAUUUAAAAUGCCUCAUAUGAAAAUGCCCAACAUCGAUAUUUCUCUGCCCAAAGGGAAGAUUGAAGGUCCAGAUGUAGAAAUGGAGGGAGGUACCGAAGGGAAAUUUAAAAUGCCUCACAUGAAAAUGCCCACCAUCGAUAUUUCUCUGCCCAAAGGAAAGAUUGAAGGUCCAGAUGUAGAAAUGGAGGGAGGUACCGGAGGGAAAUUUAAAAUGCCUCAUAUGAAAAUGCCCAACAUCGAUAUUUCUCUGCCCAAAGGGAAGAUUGAAGGUCCAGAUAUGGAGAUUCAGGGAGACGGUGGAAAAAUCAAGAUGUCAAAUCCUAACAUGCCCUCUUUUGAUGUUUCACUUCCCAAAGGAAAGAUCGAAGUUUCAGAUGUUGAAAUGGAGGGAGGUACCGGAGGUAAAUUCAAAAUGCCUCACGUUAAAAUCCCCCACAUCAACAUUUCUCUCCCCAAAGGAAUGAUCGAAGCUCCAGAGAUGGAGGUCCAAGGAGAACGUGGAGAAUUCAGUAUGCCACAUCUCAACAUGCCCUCUGUUUAUAUUUCACUCCCUAAAGGAAAGUUUGAAAGCCCAGAUGUUGAAAUGGAGGGAGGUCAGCGUGGAACAUUUGAAAAACCUCAUAUAAUGCCAGAUGUUGAAAUGAAGGGAGGUAAUGGGGGAAAGUUCAAGAUGCCUCAUUGGAAAAGGCCAGAUUAUGACAUCUCUCUGCCUAAAAGAAAACUUGAGGGUCCUGACCUUGAAAUUAAGGGAGGUGCAUCUAAAAUGCCACAGAUGACAACACCCUCAGUCGAGGUUUCACUGCCCAAAGGAAAACCUGAAGUUCCCAAAAUUGAACUGAAGACUGACCGUGGAAAGUUCAAGAUGCCAAAAUUGGACAUAUCUCUUCCUAAAGGAAAAACUUCAAUCAAAGGUCCCGAGGUUGAGACUAAGGCAGCUAAGGGACAGUUCUAUGGGCCACAUGUUAAACUUCCAAAGGGAAGUGUAUCAGCAGAGAUCAAUGUACCAACCAUUGAGGCAGGAGAGAAAAUAAAAGGGCCACAAGUCACAUUGCCAAAUCUGGACAUCGAUUUGACACAAAGUAUUCCUAAACUAGACACAGAGGCACACGGGGAAGCUCAUCUGCAUGUUGAGGGAGAGCACAAAGGUCCAGAAAUCAAGAUUCCAACAAUAGAUAUCAAAGGCCCAAAGGGAGACUUGGAGCUUGAUAUGGGACUUCAUAGAGGAGAGGGAGAAAGGGACAGGAAAAAAGUUGAACUACCUGACUUGGAUCUCAAUACAGCGGGAACCAACAGCACAGUAAAGGGGCCAAAAGUCAAAGGAACUAAAUUCAGGAUUGGGAUGCCAAAGAAGAAAACUGGACAUGAAGAGAAUAAAGAUCGUAUGAACAUACCAGCGGUAGAGGUUACAUUACCAAGCGUUAGUUUGACAGCCAAACAAGCUUCAGCUGAUUUAGGGACAGAAGGAGAUUGUGGUCCCUUGUCAUCCAAAGCAAAAAUCAAAGUCCCCAGGAUUCCAGACAUAGAGUUUGAUAUAGGUGCAUCACAAGAUGAAGAUGAGGACCAAAGAGAUAAGGGCAAGAAAAGCAAAACCCCUAAAUGUGGUGUUGCAUUACCCUCCAUCUCCUAUCCUGAGGGAAGAAUAAAUAUCCAUGGACAAGAUAUCCAGUAUGAUUACCCUAAAAUUCCCAAAGUGAAGAAAGCUGUCUUUGUCUUAUUGAAUCCUUCACAAGCGGAUGGGUCCGCUGCAUCCACAGGCCUCCCAGAAGAGGAUACAACAGUUGAGGCUGAAAAACAGGACGUCAAUGUGAAGAUGCCCAAAAUGCAGCAAAGCAAAGACAAAUCAGCUGUCGUAUCAUUUUCUGAUACAUUGUCUGAUGUCAGUCUAAAGGACGACGGUUCAAGUUCAAGUCCUAAUUGUGAAAAAGUUGUACGUCCUCACAAGAGCUCUAAGGACAAUAAAGGGACAUUCAGUGGCAAAAUCAAACUUCCAAAGGUGGAGUUAACCUCUCCAUACAGUAAGACGGCAGCAGAAGAUGCGGACUCAGAAAUGAGUGUCCAACUCAAAAAGGAUUUGUCGCCGGGAGAAGUGGAAGAAGGGCUUAAAGUAAUAUCGGGCAAGAUGGACUUUGCUGGUUUUAUAAAAGAGCUUUCAAAGGAUGUGGUUUCAUCUGCGGCCAGAACAGAUAUGCUGGACAGGGACAGCUCAGAGUCCCCAACUAGUUCCACCAUGGAGUUUAGCUCAACAAAGGUGAAGACUUGGAGUGAGGUUGAGAGCCAAAGCUGGGAGUCUGAAGAAAGAGGGGCUUCCCCCUGGUUCAAGGUCCCUAAGUUCACUCUGAAGCCACACUCCACAGGCUUCCUCCAAAUAACCCCAGAGGGUUCACCUCAAGCCCAGCGGAAGGGGGAGGUUGGAGGUGAGGUGGACGUCUUGGGAUCUUUCUGCCUCCACACCUCAGGGCUCGAUUUAACCUCCCAGGAAAUGUCAGAAGAGCAACGUGUCUCCUCCUCCAUGGUGACCAAGACCACCAGAAUCACCCGGCACGUGGUUACUACCGAAACGCAAGCAGGGGAAACUUCUGCAACCACGACAACAACUCACCAGGUGUCGGACUUCAAGUUCUGAGGAUGGUGUAAUGAUAUCUUAAAUGUCUUGUGAUUUUCUUGUUUUCUUUGGUAAGGUUGCAGUGUUCUUGUAUGCUUGGCCUGCAACGGGGAAACCCGUGAAAAAGUAAAAGUCUUUCAUUUAUAUUUCAAUAACCCUAACUGUGAUUGUAAUGAAAAACCAUGAAAUUAGGUCAAUCAGCAAUAUUGUCAUUAUUAAUUAUUAUACAUUAUUAUGAAAGUAAUAUAUGCUUCCUUUUUGCAUUUUAAAUGUGAUAUUUUUUUGUUUCUGUUCUUCAGUUUUGUCCUAAUUAUUUAUCAGACUUUGUUUGGUUUGAAAGUUUUGAAUGUAAACAUGUCACAUUGCUUUAUUAGGGCCUGAGCCGACUGCAAGUCGGGCGAAAGCCCUAUUGUGUUUUGAAGAAUUAUUAUUAUUUAUUGUUAUUUGUGUGUUAAAAAUGUGAUCAAAUUAGUCUUUUACUCAUAUUAGCAUCAUGGAUUUGACCGGGAUUCAUUCAAGUCAAUACAUUUUGAACCACUACAGUAUAGGCCAGAGUAAAAUGAAUGUAAAUACAACUAUGAUAUGGCUUUUUUGACAAUUCACAAUUUUCAUAUUCCCCAUUCAGGAGAAGAAAUUAUACGUUGUCUGAUCUUAUACUGUGUGUCUUGGAGAAAAGGUGUGAGCUUUUUGAGAUUAUAGAUUAUUAUUCUUUACUGCCAUAGUUUUAUAUUUUAAGCCUUUAGCUGGUGUUGUUACCCAGACAUAGUCGUAGUGAGUAGGCAGGACACCCUGGACUCUUUUUCUGCAGUGGGGAUCAAAUUUGUGACCUUCUGGUUACGCUCUCCAUCAUUUACUGUAGGCCACCAUGCUGCUAGUCGUUUUUAUAUCAAUGUUUUUACUGUAAACUGCGAGAAAGGACGCCACUAUACAUUUUGUGGUAGAGGUUUUUAGCUCCACAAUACACCUCUUGACAUAUGCACAUGUUAUUCAACUUUGACACUGUGAAUUUGUGUGUUCAGAGUUGCUGUUUGGCACUUCAACAAUAUGUGAGAAGAGUUUUAAAAAACUGUAAACCAUUUUCCCUUUUUCUCUUAAAACAAAUAAACCUUUAAAACAAU